AUGGCCAGUGAGGCGUCCAGAAGAUAUGAAGACGACCUCGACCGCGCUUGCUCUCUAGAUAUCGAUAGGCUAGACCCCAUCCGCCGCAUGGAAAUGUGUAUAGGCAGAGGAAAAGUCCUACCAACAGCCUUUGUACCGCCACAGUCGGCAACUCCCCAAAGCCUGUUUCCCGCAAGCAUUGGACGCAAAGCUCACCCACCUGUGACACGAUUUAUUCGAGUGGACGAUCCGAAGUCUUUUCUUAUCUACACCGACGGUGCAUGCCCUGGCAACGGACAAGCUGAACCUAAGGGAGGAUGGGCUUUUGUCUUCGGGCCUCAAGAACGAAACACCACUUCGAGUGUAAACGAACGUCUGCAGGGUCCAUUAGGCGAUUAUGCCAACCCAACCAGCAACAGAGCAGAGCUUCGAGCUACCAUCGGCGCCCUUCGUUACAAGAACUGGGCAAGCGUAGGUUUCACUACUCUUUCUUGUCUUAGCGACUGA